UUCCUGUGUAUUCGGCGUCAACGCGGUUGAGAUUUCAGUCAUUUGACUUCUCUGUGAAGAAGAAGAAAGUCUGGAUUAAGCGUGGACUCUGGUAAAGUGAAAGCCAACCCCUGUUUUUGCUGCAGACAUGAAAUUCAAGAUACGGCCAGCAACAAAAGAAGACUGCAAAGAAAUAUCGAGGAUGAUAUUAGAGUUGGCGGUUUAUGAAAAAAUGCCUGACCAAGUAAAGAUCUCUCAUGAAGAACUGGAGCGUGACGGGUUCUGCCAGAAUCCCUUCUUUGAAUGCCUUGUUGCAGAAGUACCCGAGAAGCAUAAAUCUAAAGAAGGAUUCACAGUUGUUGGAUAUGGCCUUUACUUUUACACUUACAGCACAUGGAAAGGACGGACAGUGUAUUUGGAGGACCUGUACGUGAUGCCAGAAUUCAGAGGAAAUGGCAUUGGCAAGGGUUUACUGAGCAAAGUAGCAGAGGUGGGGAAAAAGAAGCAGUGUGUGCGACUGCAGCUGUCUGUGCUGGACUGGAAUACUCCCUCUCGAGACUUCUAUGCUGCUAAAGGGGCUCAGGACCUCACCGCCAGCGAAGGCUGGCACUUUAUACGUUUUGACGGACAAAACCUAGACAAUUUAGCAAAUGAAGCACCUAAAGAUUAGACGUUGUCUAAGGAAAAUAUGUAUCUUGCUGUGACAAAGCAAGCUUUUAUUUAUGUCUUCCGCCAUAAAAAUUCAACUUUUACAAACGGC